CACCCACAAGACAGAGGGUCACUCGCUGUGCAGACACCACACGCAGUACACACACACACAGCGGCUCCUCCUUCUCCUCUUCUUCGGCUCAGACAAGUGUCUCUGGCACCAUGGGUAGCAAAGUGCUGGUGAUGGUGGUGGCACUCUGCCUCUUGCUCAGUGUGGUCCUGGCACAACCUCUCCUGGAAGAAGCAGGACGUGAGGGUGACAACGUACCACAAGCAGACAUGGACUACACAGCAGACCUGCUGGAACGACUGCUGGCACGGACACAAAAACGCGACGAUAUGGCAGGCCUCGCCCCUAUUAAGAGAUGGAGGUCGUGCAUCCGCCGCGGGGGGACGUGCGAUCACCGACCCAACGACUGCUGCUACAACUCCUCUUGCCGUUGCAACCUGUGGGGGACCAACUGCCGCUGCCAACGCAUGGGCCUCUUCCAACAAUGGGGCAAGUAAGUCCCUCUGCCCACGGUGAUCCUGGGGGACCGCACCGCACCUCGACUCGCUCCUCUGUCGCCAUUGUCUUCCUUCAGCGUACACUACCCUACCUACCUGUAGCUGUGAUUCGUCGGAUGCCCUUACUGCUACUAACACCACCACACUGUCGUUAUCUUCUUCCGAAACAUCUCCCGCUGGACCUCCAAAAUGUCACCCUGAUAGCCACGUCUCAUGACAUUGUAUCUACCGAGUGUACAUAUCAACACUGAAGAAUACACCACAUCCGUCGGUAAAUUUGAAACAUUAUGGACUAUGUUUUUAGGUUAACAGAGUUUAUCCUCAUUACGUUUUCUGUGACAGUAAAAAUUAAUGACAUGCUCCCACAUUGUGUUUUCUGUGCAGGUAAGAAUUAAUGACAUAUUCCCAUAUUGUGUUUCUUGCAAGGGUAAGAAUUACUGACAUGCUCCCAUUUUAUGUUUCCUGUGACAGUAAGAAUUAAUGACAUGCUCCCAUAUUACAGCAUGUUUCCUGUGACAGUAUGAUUUAGUAACAUGUUCCCGUAUUAUGUUUCCCAUGAGGCAAUUAUUUAACUGAGUUGCCCGGUCAUCUGUUGACCAUGACGGAAGUUGGUCGAGGUCAGCGUAGCGUCUCCCACUACCUAUGUGUCGUGUGUCACAUUAUAUAGUUCAGGUAGUGUUAUUCUUGGUAACCUUCGCUAAGUUAUUCAUGAAUGUAUUUUGGUUGUGUAUCAGAUAUGAACUGUAACUACGGUGUGAGUAUUCGUCAUUGGCCGAUCCCCUCCUCCAGCCACUUGAAUUAGCCAAUCACAAUACCCAUACCUCGAAGCCAGGAUCUGAUUGGGUAUACUCCAGCCACAUACCCUAAUUAGGUUUUGGCUUGACAUAUCUCCUUGUAUCUUUUGAAAUUGAACAGAGUUUUAAAAAAAAGAGUGAAUAUCGGAUAAUAUAUAUAAUAAAGUGUCUAUGUG